UUAAUUUGGCGUCAACAAUGUGCGAAAUUUAAUACCAAAUGGACGUAAUACAGUUAUUGUUAUGGAAAAGACCAAACUUGAAUAUAUUAGGCUCAUGUGUCAAAUGAAAAUGACUGGAGCAAUUUGUAAGCAAUUCAAUGGUUCUGGUGUAUUCAAUGGUUCUGGUGCAUUGCGAGGUUUUAAUCAAGCGGAUUGUUCGAAAUUUUUACAAUUUAUCACUGGUACAUCUAAAGUGUCGUUACAAAGUUUUGCUGCGUUAGAAGGCAUGAACGGCAUACAAAAGUUCCAAAUUCACAGAGAAGACAAGUUGACAGACAGGCUUUCAUUUGCACAUAUUUGUUUCAAUCAACUGGAUUUGCCAGUGUACGAGACGUAUGAUAAACUCUAAACAAAUCUACUCAAGGCGACUUACGAAUGCACCAAAGAAUUUGGAUUUGCAUAAGCUUACCAAAAUUUGCUCCAGUACAAUUUCAAUUUCAAUCAAUACAAUUUCGCGUUCAAUCGAUGAUAUUCUAGAGACCAAACUUAUGGUUGGAUCUUUACAGCCAGUGAUAACAUUCCGGACGUGCAAUAGCCUAUUGCUUGCAAAAUUUUUAACGCACUUACAAAAAUUGUUAUACGCAAUGUUAUAUAUAAAACUAUCUUGUGAACGUAGCGAAUCACAGUGCUCUAAUUACUAUAAUAUGUAUUAUUACACUUAUACGACUUUAUAAAAUGAAAUAUAUAUUUUCAUUUUAUUAUACACAUUAAUUCUCAUGUAAUUAAUGGACAAUAAUUUAUUCGUUAAUAUAUACGCUGAUUUUAAAAUGCAGUAUAUUAUAUUUCUUUUCAUCCGUUUUAUUUCUUAUAAUAAAUUAAUUAACUAUUACAGUUAUGUGUAUGAAUCUUAUCUUUAAAAGAAAUCGAAGCUACCUUGUGCAUCAAAGUGACUUUGGAAAAAGAGAAGCAAGAUCCUGCAAACACAAAUAUUAAAUUACAUGAUUCCUAUUUAUGAAUCAUCUAUGAUGAAUUAAUAGGUAGAAAAUGAUAAUCUUUUUUUUUUAAGAUUUAUUCUUUAUUUAUAAAAAUGUAACU